GCGUGACCCCACCGAUGCUUGCUCCGGACGCCGCGGUGCCGCACUACGCAGAUCUCAGAUUCGCCCUCUGGCGCAGUGUCAGGAAUGGAGGCCAACUUCAGAUCCAGUCAGCACGGCGGCUAUCCCUGCAAUAUAAAAGACAGUGAAUGAGUCCUUCACCCCCAUCUUCACUUCUCUCCAGUUCCUCUCUCGAGCCUCAUUUCUCUUUCUCUUUCUCGUUGUCUCACCUUCAUCGCAAUGGCCACUCAAUUUGUUCUCCCCGACCUCGAUGCGACGUGCGCUGCCAUCAAGGGCGCAAUGAACCCUCACUACGCGGGGGCUGCCAAGGAGUCUCGCGACUGGAUCAACAGCUUCGACGUCUUCACCGACAAGAAGCGCGCCUACUUCGUCCAGGGCAUGAACGAGCUUCUCGUUGCUCAUUGCUACCCAUAUGCGGGCUACGAAGAGUUCCGCACGUGCUGCGACUUUGUGAACCUCCUCUUCGUCGUUGAUGAGGUCAGCGACGAGCAGAACGGCCACGACGCGCGCGAGACCGGCAACGUCUACCUCCGCACCAUGCACGGCUCUACGGUCGACGAGGGUACUACGCUCUAUCAGAUGACGAAGGAAUUCCGCGACCGCCUCACCGCCCGCUUCGGCCCUCGCGCCUUCCGCCGCUUCCUCAAGCACUGCGAUGACUACAUUGAGGCUGUCAGCGUUGAGGCACAGUUGCGCGAGGAGAGCCGCGUCCUGUCCCACAAGGACUUCGUCCCCUUGCGCCGCGAGAACAGCGCCAUCCGCCUUUGCUUUGGCCUCUUCGAGUACUGCCUCGGCAUCGACCUACCGGACUACGUCUUCGAAGAUCCUGCCUUCCAGGAGAUCUACUGGGCCGGCGCGGAUCUGGUCUGCUGGCAUAAUGAUCUGUACUCUUACAACAUGGAGCAGGCAAAGGGGCUAAGUGGCAACAACAUCGUCACGGUCCUCAUGCAGGAGCGCAACCUCGACAUCCAGAGCGUCGCCGACUACCUGGGCGAGCUCACCAAGGAGCUCAUGGCCCAGUACACCCGCGGCAGGGCGAAUCUGCCAUCUUGGGGCCCGGAGAUUGACGCGGCGGUGGCGCGCUAUGCGGAUGCCGUCGGGUUUUGGAUCCGCGGCAACAUUGACUGGAGCUUUGAGACGUCGCGCUACUUCGGCGAGGAACACCUCGAGGUGAAGCGCACUCGGGUUGUGAAGCUUCGCCCUCGCGAGCCGACGUCGGAUGAGGAGGACUCCGACCUCGAGAGCAUCUAAGGCUAAGUUCCAUGGUCGAUAUUUGCUAGAUUAUUACUGUAUCGCCUAUGGCUGCCUUAAUUACUGUACUUUACGACCCGAGCGCCCUUGCCUAUAUUUAUAGCCAUCUUGUAUGUCUCCCUUGUAUUACCUACUGCACGUAGUCUAGUAAUUCCAGUGAUUU